CUAUUAUGAGAUACACAGAAAAGGUCAACUACUAGUGCCCAAUGCCCAUAUAGCCAUAGCCAACAGGCACUUGAAAGCCAAUCCCCCACUAAAACAGACUAGAAAGCCUAGAAUCCAAGGAAACACUGUAACCAGCUCUUUGCCCCCCACCAUCCCCAACAGGAACCUCUGGUUUUUCAUGGCAUCAGAAGGAUAAAAAGCUGUUUCCCUUGUUCCCCACUCUCCGCUGUAACUAAAGCACAAAUUCACAUUAUCUGGGUCCCUCUCAAAAACCUCCAAAAACACCUCCAUCAUAUAAUAUUAUAGACACCACAAUUGAUCAUUAUUAUAAAGCCACCACUACUCUCAAUCAUUUCAAACCCCCAUUAAUCUCCUCCUCCUUCUACGCUCCCCCACCUCCCUCUCCAUAUAAUACUUCCCCCGCCCAACCUUUGAAACUCCCAAAUCACAGAAAGUUUCAAGUUUUGAAGUUUUUCAGCCAUGUCCAUCACAGCACUUUCAGACCCAGAUAAGUUGUACAAGAAAUCAUUCCACAGAAGGAAUGAUUCUGGUGAGCUUGACGUUUUUGAGGCUGCCAGGUACUUCUCCGGAUACAAUGAAGCUGCAGGGUAUAAUGGUACAGGUUUUACUCAGAAGAACUUGAGAGAUGAGAAACAGGGUUGUAGAGUAGGCAGAAUGAGCUUAGACGUGCCAAUGAGAAACUCUUUUCCUCAACAAUCUCAUGGAGUGCUGGAGAAGCAAAUGAAAGAAAAGAAGUACAAGCAACCAAGCUCCCCAGGUGGGAGACUGGCGAGUUUCUUGAAUUCUCUUUUCAGUCAAUCGGCUUCUAAGAAGAAGAAAUCGAAAUCAAGCUCACAGUCUAUGAAAGAUGAAGAGGAGAGCCCUGGUGGGAGGAGGAAGAGGAGGAUCAGCAUUAGUCAUUUUCGAAGCUCAAGCACCGCCGAUUCCAAGUCUAUAUAUUCUUCUUCAAGUUCUGGUUUUAGAACACCUCCUCCUUAUAAUGCACAAACUCCUACAAAGAGCUAUAAGGAUUUUAGAAGCUAUUCAGAUCACAAACAGGUGGUGUCCAAUUUGUCAAAGCACAAAGUUUCACACAAUGAGGCCUUGGAUGUCGACAGAAAGAACAAAGACUUGCAUUGGUUGGAUGACAAAUUCGAAUUCAGCAAAGGGUUUUCAGAGAAAUGCAAGAAGAAUUCCUGCGGCAACGUGUUUUUGGAGAAAGAUAGGAUUUGGGUUGAGAGAUAUCCAUCGGAGGAGAAGCAAUUCGUGAAGUUCAGUGAGGUGGAUGAUGGUGCAGAGAGUGAUUCAAGCUCUGAUCUCUUUGAGUUGCAGAACUAUGACUUGGGUUACUGCUCAAGCGGUCUUCCUGUCUAUGAAACUACUGACAUGGAUACCAUCAAGAGAGGGGCACCAAUUUCCAAUGGCGCUCUAUGAUACUGUAUAUUUUUCCCUGUGUUGGAUUUAUUCUUACUUCUUGUUGAUCGAUGUUAGAAGCUGUGAGAAAGAAAAAUCUCCAUGAUUUUACUUUUCUUCUUCUCUUGUCCUCUUUCAAACUUCUUCCACAUCUUUUCUCUGUAUGUACAGUUCCAAAUGUUUGUUUGUCUUUCCUUUCUCUGUUUUUUUCUUACUUUUCUGGCUUUGUUGGGAGUGCAAGAACAUCAAAAGUCCACCACUGGAGUGACUUGAUUAGAUUGUGCGGUGAGUACUAGAGAUUUCCACUCAAGUAAUGGAGAAAUCAAAUACAGACACAUCAGCAUCCUAUUA